ACAGGACUGACCAGCAUAACCGUGGUUAUUCUCCGUCGUGCUGUAUCCCUCCUUUUCGGAUACUUGGUGAUUAUCCGGAUGUCGCCAAUUCAAAGAGUUUCGUGCAUCCUCACGCCACGCUCAUCGCUUGUCGACGCGGGAGAAUCAUGGAGGGCGUGCUGUGGAAGCGGGGAAAGACCCUCGUCAGCUCUUGGCAUGAGCGGUACUUUGUGCUCAAGGAUUCGACGCUGGCCUACUUCUCCAAGGCUGGCGAUUUGCAGACUCGUGGCAUCAUCGAGCUCACGACGGAUGCGCAUGUGUCUGCGAUUGAGCUCAAGAAAAAGCACACGUCCAAGUCGUUGUACUGCUUCUCCAUCUUCUUUUUGCAUGCAGCGCCCAAAGAUCACCAUGGCCAUCCGAAUCAACCCGCGGGGCUCACAGUCGGGUGCGAGAGCCGAGAGUACGCAACGUCGUGGCGCAGCGCGAUCAUUCAAGCGAUUGACAACUCGGACGGAUCAAGCGACCAUCACGGUGUGCGCAGUCCCACGUCAGCUUCGGCGGGAGCUUCGUUGCGCCGCGAACCCCUGCAUCUUGGCCAGUCUACGUCGUCGUUCGACCUGCAGCAACAAGAUGUCGGUCGCCGCGUCCUCUUGGCGAAAAUGGACCGGAAAUGGCCAAUGUUUCGUGGCACGUACGACGUAUGCAGCGUGGUUGGAGGCAUGACAAUCCACUCGGAGCAACGCGCGGUUGCCAAACAAUGUGCUGGCAGUGACACAACGUCGCAGCACAAACGAGAGUGGCAGAGUUGGCAGCAGCUGAACAGUCUCUUUGUCUCUGCCAUUUCCGUUGCCCUGAUUGCGUUCAUUGCAGGCGGAAUCGGGGGAACGUCGUUGACGGCCUCGUUCACGUUUGCGUCUGCCGCGGCAGUCUUGACGCUUUGGCUUCGGUCGGUCGACGUCGACGAAGACGUCCCGAGUUUCAAGGCGUCGCGAGUCGUGCCUGGGACCCCCUUGGAGGUGUUUCGGCUCGUCCUGGAUACGUCCAUGCGGUGCAUGUGGGACGGAUCGAUCGAUUCGAUUCGCGUGCUCCAAACGAUUGACUCGCACUCGGACAUUAUCCACGUCGUAUACAAGCCCGUGUGGCUAUGGCCGUUAUGGCUGCCAGCCAGCGAUGCAUGUUUGCUGCGGUACUGGCGCGAGACCGAAGACGGAUCGUUCGUGUUGUGUGUUCAAAGUGCCGUCCAUGCCGAAUGCCCCGUCACCGACCACGUUCGCGUGCUGUGCCAAGGUGGCGGCGUCACCGUAUCCCCGCGAUGUUCCGCGACGCCGACGGCACCUGGCCCGGACGAAUUGGACACGUCUCUGGUCAGCAUGGUCGUCCAUGCGAAUCCGCAGGGGGUGUUUGGCGCGUGGUUGCGGCGCAUGCACCUCGUGUUCCAGUACAUUCAGCCGCAAUUGCUGGCGCUUAUUGGUCUCGAGGAAACGAUGGAAGCGCGCAAGUACAUGGCCCUCGCGCAGGAGAAUGACUCGGCGACGGACGACAUGGACGACGUCGACGACAGCGCGGGGGUUGCCAACGGCAUAGCGUCGAUUGGAAAGCACAUCGACAUGGCACCGCCGAUGGUGCUACCGACGUCCGUGCCACGCCAUGUGUGGAGCGAACCCCCCGUCGGGUUUACCAUGGUGCGCGGACCCAACUACAUGGCCGAUCGAAAAAAGGUGGCAUCGGCCGCGCCGGCCUUCCGCCUCGUCGGCGUGGAUCUCUUCGAUACUGGCAACGUCACAAUGGAGCACAUUUGCUCGCGCCCGGACAACGUGAUGCAGACCGUGCCGAACCAACCUUACGCAUUCGUGCUCAACUUUCUCAUGCCGGGACCGCCCAAGUACUCGUUGGUGCUGUAUUUCCACGUUCCACAUCCCAGUGUCGUUGCGGACGGGUCGCCGUUUGCCGAGCUCAUGACGGACUUUCUCGACGGGUACGUCAUGCGAUCGCGCGGUUUGCAGUGUGUGGUGGUCGUGUGAAGAAGCAAUGGAUGGCUAGGACGGACGAGUACCGCAACGACCGAUUCAAGCUGAUCCCGUCCAUCGUGGAAGGCAACUUUAUCGUCAAGCAAGCGGUCGGGUCGACGCCCGCCGUGAUUGGAAACAAGCUGCGCCAGCCAUACUUCAAAACGCCGUCGUAUUUUGAGCUCGACAUUGACGUGACGAGCAGCGCGGUCGCGAACCGCGUCACCGGCCUCGUCCUCGGCUUUACGAAGAAGCUCAUCGUCGACAUGAGCUUUCUCAUCGAAGGCAAACAGAGCCAUGAACUGCCCGAGCGGCUCUUUGGCGCGUGUCGGCUCAGUUUCGUCGACAUGGCGCAAGCAAAAAAACUCGUCUAGCGACCGUCGAACCCACAUCCCAACACGAUCCUUUACCACGUGCUACGUCGUCGUGAACUUGGCUGUGCCGCCACGAUGUUCCGAGGCGCCGUCGUUGGUUUAUUGCUUGUCGCCGAUCCAACCCUCGAUCUCCCAGC